UUGGGAAAACCCCCAACGAUCCCCCUGGUGAUAGUUAUUUUUAUUACCAAAUUUGAAUACAACGCUCUGUAUCUCCUGUCGCAUGCUCAGAACAAAAAUUUGUUUUCACUUUAUUCCACAUAAAUUUGUUAUGCUUCGUUCCAGUCAGUGCCUGUUUUCCAAAACAUUCUGAUCCGUAUGGUUUCUUUCUAACAAACUUCGAGCUUCACGGUUAGAGUCCAGCCGAGGUGUUAGUGAAACCGGAAUGAACUUCCCAUUAUCGCUGGCUGGUUUUGUUGUCAGUCGUCCAAUGCGGUCAGUGGUUGGUGGAUGCUCUUUUUGUUUCAUCUAUUGUCGGACUUUUGUCACCGUUGAAGAGACAGUUUACUGGUGAAGCAGUUUUGUUGCUAUCAUGGUUUCCUGGAUCAGCGCUCUUCUUUUGGCAGUCACAUUCUGUAUGGUUUACAUUCUUACGGAAGCAGCUGAUAUCAAAUCCGAUCCAGUUCACAGUGUUAUUCAGGAUAUCAGUCAUGCCAUCACUAAUCUGGCUCGUGAUUUAUCCAUACAGCUUGCUAAUGGCGGUAGCAAAUGUGAUAUCAUUUCACCUGUCAGCAUCGGAUCUUCACUGUUGCUACUGAUGCGUAUUGCUACAGGUGGUACUCGAGCAGAGUUACUGAAGCUUCUACAUCUUGACCGCUAUAGCAGAAAUGAUCAAAAAAUACCCCAGAAUUUUAGACAUCUGAUAACGGAGCUCUUAGAGCAGACUGCUGAACGUGAUAUCAAUUCUGAUGAUAUUCCAACCUGGUUAGAGGACAAGCAAUGUGGUCCCACCGACUACGAAGAUUAUGAAUAUGAAGGGUCGCCUGAUGCUAAUGGAGAAGAGCUUACCAACAUGGUUCGACUUGCGAAUGCUAUUUUUGUUCAAAACGGAUUUUUGAAUAACACCGUUCUAGAGGAGAAGGUUAGAACAUUAUUUCUGAGUAUCAUUGAAAAUGUGGAUUUCUAUGAUGCCCCUGAAAAUGUUACAGAGCACAUAAACAAAUGGGCAAACAGCAGUACGAAUGGGCGCAUUUCACAAAUUAUAUCAGAUCCGCUGAGCCGUGACACGACAAUGGUAAUAGCCAAUGCUUUAUAUUUUAAAGCAUACUGGGAGGAGGUUUUCAUUGAGGGGGGAACGAGGCCCAGAAAGUUUUUUCCCAAUGGCGAAAAUGACGAAUCUGUUGAAGCUGAUAUAAUGGCUCAUAGUGGAUGCUUUCCGUACUAUUCCUCGGCAUCGCUUGAUGCUCGAAUAAUGGGAUUCCCGUAUAAAAAUCGUACCACAACUAUGUACGUUAUCUUGCCAAACAAUUCUAAUCGGAAAAAGCUUCAACAGCUUGUUAGCAAAGUAGAUGCUCAUACAUUGGACCAGCUUAUUCGCAAUAUGACCAUGCGAACUGCUUCAGUUUUCUUCCCGAAAAUGCAUAUCACGAAUUCGUUUGAUCUGAAAGCGGUGCUCGAACAGAUGGGAGUGUCGGCAAUGUUUAGACGUGGUACAAAUGACUUUUCCAGUAUGAACAAAGCCUCCAAGGAAGCAACUCGAAGUUUAAGAGUAAGCGGAGUUAUGCACAAAGUAGAUUUGGAAGUCAAUGAAGCAGGCACCGAAGGAGGAGCCGUAACGGUUACUUUGCAGGACAGGAUGGCCCCUGCAGUGAAUUUCCGGGUACUUACACCCUUCCUUGUAGCAAUCAGGCAUGACAUAACGAAACUGCUUCUUUUCUAUGGACCCGUGUACGAUCCUUCGUAAUAAAAUUUAAGAUUUUUACUAUGAUAUGUGAAAUAAAAUAUGAAUAAUGAAUAAUUAAUUACGCAUGUAGAUUUAAUUAAAAUUAAUACAAAAUAGUGACGCCAAAGGACAUAGCGUCACCAAGAAUUGCUUAUGUGACAAAAAUAUAAACUAUGAAAAUCUUAAGGUUUAUUUGUGAAUUUAAAACAAAUACCUAAGGUAUAUACUGUACAGUAAGCGUUGUUAACAAAA